GCCUACUCAUUACAAGUUCAAUCGACGCGUUCCCUUGAGCUAGUAGUCAAGCAGAAUCAUUAGUCUACCACUUGACACCAUCUAACACGUUCAUGCCCAAGCGCAAGAGCACAAGCGACGAUGAAGACGAAGACUAUGAACACUCUGAGGACGACCAGCCAAAAUUGAAGACCAAGACUUCAAAGGCAACCGAGCAACAUUUGACCAUCAAGAAGCCAAAAAUAUUUUCUUCAGGCAGCCAAUCUCCAUCAGACUCGAACAAAAAGUCGACCGAUGACAACGACGUGAAGGUCUUCACCAGUCCCGAUGGUGAACGAUAUGUUCAGCUGGGCCAAAAGAAACGCGUAACCGUCCGCGAGUUCAAAGGCAAAAUUCUUGUCGAUAUUCGUGAAUUUUAUGGCAAGGACAGGGAGGAUGAAAAGCCGGGAAAGAAAGGAAUUUCUUUGAAUCCAGAUCAGGUUAGUCUACCGAUUUAUGCUCUAAGCACCAUCGAUUCUUUCUUUGCAGACUGCAAGAAAUGACAUAUAGAACUCUAUAUCUACCGAAUGCAACGACCUAAUCAUGUGUAUCAUACAGUGUAACUAGUAGAGACCAGCGGCCGCAUCG